AUGGGGCUGAUAAUAACUACCAUAGCACUAGUCCUCUCAGCUCUAUCGUGGCUAGACUGUGCAGUCUCUGUCCCUCGCGCCCCUCCCGAGCUCGACCUUUCGAAAUUCCAAGACGAGAACAUCAUCACACGCGAUGUAUGUAUCAUAGGCGGCGGUUCCGCCGGCACAUACGCAGCAAUCCGCCUUCGCCAAAUGAACCAAAGCGUCGUGGUAGUAGAAAAAGAGGACCAUCUAGGUGGCCACGUCAAUACCUACGACGACCCUAUAACGGAAACCGCCGUCGAUUACGGAGUGCUCUACUACGAGAACCUACCCGUGGUGCGAGAUUACUUCGACCACUUCGACAUUGAACUGGAGAAAAUUUCCAUUCUAGAGCAGAACUCCACGCAGCAUCGUGUCGACCUCCGAACCGGGACCCCCGUCGGCCCAGCCGAGGGCAACAUGCUUCUGGCACUGGCGGCAUACACGGCCCAAUUACUCAAAUACUCUUAUCUCAACACAGGCUUUAACCUUCCUUACCCCGUGCCACCGGAUUUGCUGCUCCCGUUCGGCGACUUCGUGAAGAAGUAUAACCUUGAGGGAGCGGUCGAUAUCAUUGCGAUGUUUAAUCAAGGCACGGGUGAUAUGUUGCAGCAGACAACCCUCUACAUGUUGAAAUAUUUCGGCCUUGAUGUGGUCCAAAGUGCAUUGGGGGGUUUUCUUAUACCAGCCAGCCACAACAAUAGCGAGCUGUAUGGCGCUGCGCGGGAAGAACUGGGCGAGGAUGCAUUACUGAAUAGCAUCGUCACUUAUACAUACCGCAAUGAGGAGAGGGAGUACGCGUACGCAGUCGUGGAGACACCAUCCGGGGCGAAAGUGAUUCGCGCACGGAAACUCAUCAUAGCUAUUCCACCCAGACUAGAUUUGCUGAAGGGAAUGGAUCUGGACGAGUUAGAGCGAGGGUUGUUCGGACAGUUCAAUAACACAUGCUACUACACUGCUCUCACCAGGAUCCCGGGCUUUCCGGAAGACAUUCAGAUUGUGAACCGUGCAACUGAUACCCUUUACCAACUGCCGCCUCAGCCUGCGGUCUACGUGAUCAACACCACGAGGGCACCGAGGCUGUUUACCAUCCUCUACGGAAGCAAAGACCACAUGACGGAAGCAGAGGUUAAGGGUAACAUGACUCGCAGUGUCAUGCAAUUGAGAAACACGGGUUUACAGAUUGAACCACCGGAGUUCGUUCAAUAUUCUGAUCACAGCCCUUUCCUAUUGACUGUCCCGCCGGAUGCAAUUCGAAAUGGCUUCUACAGACAUCUGAAUGAUUUGCAGGGCCAUCGCAAGACGUACUAUAUGUCUGCCACAUUUAAUACGCAGGCAUCGGCGCAGAUCUGGUCAUUCAUUGAUGGUUUACUGCAGACGAGCUUUUAG